AUAGUGAGCGAAUCAAAGCGAACUUACGACAGAAUACCAAAAACAGUUCAACUACAAUAUUAAAUUAUUCGAAUUUAUUUAAUUUAUAAGUACAAGAAAAACAAUUAAAAUGGUAAAAGCACCAGCAAUCGGUAUCGACUUAGGAACCACCUACUCCUGCGUCGGAGUUUGGCAACAAGGAAAAGUGGAAAUUAUUGCAAACGAUCAAGGUAAUCGCACAACACCAAGUUAUGUGGCGUUCACAGACACAGAACGUUUAAUUGGAGAUGCGGCGAAGAACCAGGUUGCGAUAAAUCCCGUCAACACAAUUUUCGAUGCGAAGAGAUUAAUAGGAAGAAAAUACGACGAUCAAAAAAUACAAGACGAUAUCAAACAUUGGCCUUUCAAAGUUGUUAAUGAUGGGGGAAAACCGAAAAUGCAAGUUGAAUUUAAGGGCGAAUCGAAACGAUUCGCACCGGAAGAAGUUAGUUCGAUGGUUUUGACGAAAAUGAAAGAAACGGCCGAAGCGUAUUUGGGUUGUGCCGUGAAAGAUGCCGUCAUUACUGUUCCAGCUUACUUUAAUGACUCUCAACGUCAAGCCACUAAAGAUGCUGGUGCAAUCGCUGGAUUAAACGUUUUGAGAAUUAUUAAUGAACCAACAGCUGCUGCUUUAGCUUACGGUUUAGAUAAAAAUCUGAAGGGAGAAAGAAACGUUUUAAUUUUCGAUCUUGGCGGAGGUACUUUCGACGUCUCAAUUUUAACAAUAGAUGAAGGGUCCCUCUUUGAAGUAAGAGCAACGGCCGGUGACACUCAUCUUGGUGGAGAAGACUUCGAUAAUAGGCUGGUUAAUCAUUUAGCCGAGGAGUUUAAACGAAAAUACAAGAAGGAUCUUAGAAGUAAUCCUCGCGCACUUCGACGUUUAAGAACGGCAGCUGAACGAGCUAAAAGAACACUUUCUUCGAGCACUGAAGCAUCCAUUGAGAUAGAUGCCCUUUACGAAGGUGUUGAUUUUUAUACCAAAAUAUCCCGAGCUAGAUUUGAAGAAUUGUGUUCGGAUUUAUUCCGAGGAACUUUGCAUCCGGUCGAGAAAGCUUUGCAAGAUGCCAAAAUGGAUAAAGGUUCCAUUCACGAUAUUGUAUUGGUGGGAGGUUCAACGCGUAUCCCAAAAAUUCAAUCUCUCCUACAAAAUUAUUUUUGCGGCAAAGCUUUGAAUUUAUCAAUUAACCCAGAUGAAGCGGUUGCUUAUGGCGCAGCUGUCCAAGCAGCCGUUCUCAGCGGUGAAACCGAUAGUAAAAUUCAAGAUGUGCUUCUCGUUGAUGUAACUCCACUGUCAUUGGGAAUUGAAACAGCCGGUGGUGUUAUGACCAAAAUUAUCGAGCGCAAUAGCAGAAUUCCCUGUAAACAAUCUCAAACGUUUACUACAUAUUCCGAUAAUCAACCAGCAGUAACGAUCCAAGUAUUUGAAGGCGAACGUGCUAUGACUAAAGACAACAAUCUUUUGGGAACCUUCGACUUGACCGGUAUCCCUCCGGCACCUAGAGGAAUUCCAAAAAUUGAGGUUACGUUCAAUUUAGAUGCCAACGGCAUUUUGAACGUCGACGCUAAAGAUACCGCUUCCGGAAAGAGUCGUAACAUUACCAUCAAGAACGAUAAAGGUAGAUUAUCGCAGCAAGAUAUCGAUAGAAUGCUAUCCGAAGCUGAGAAAUACCGCGAAGAAGACGAGAAGCAAAGGAAAAGAAUAUCAGCGCGAAAUCAAUUAGAAGGUUAUGUGUUUGGUUUAAAACAAGCCGUUGAUGAAGCUGGGGAUAAAUUAGACGAAUCUGAUAAGAGUGCCGUUCGGAGAGAAUGCGAGGAUUGUUUGAGGUGGUUGGAUGGUAACACUUUAGCUGAAGUUGAGGAAUACGAAGAGAAGCAGAAGAAAUUGUCUUCGAUUUGCAAUCCAAUUAUGGCAAAAAUGCAUGGUGGAAAUGGAGGUGGUCAAAUGCCUUCUGGUAAUUGUGGUAGUCAAGCCGGUGGUUUUGGAAACUAUCAAAAUCGGGGGCCAACUGUUGAAGAAGUCGAUUAAAGUGUGAUUUAUUUUGGUAGUUCCUAAAAUGUCUACUAUAACUAAUUAUGUAAAUUUUAAAUAUGUAUGUUAUGUUAAGUACAAUCAGUAUUUAUAGCUUUUACAUUCAAUGUGAUAUAACUAAUUAAUAAAUUGUGUUUUAAUACUU